UCAACUGAGAAAAAAAAAAUGGAGACUUCUCUGAGAUAUGCUACCAAUUCCAGGUCUUUGAAAAUUCUUGCCAAGGAGAAGUUCCCGGUGAACUCCAAAACUCGCCUGCAGCUUCAUGGAGAGCUAGAUACAGGAGCUGGAGUGCCAAGUUACUUGUGUGCAAUGAUUAGACACCUUUUCCCCAAGGCUUCAACAAGCCUUGGAGUAGGCUUGCAUUAUGAUAAACGCGAAAAGCUUCGGUGUCUUGUACGUGGGAAAAAGAAGUUUCCUGUGGUAACUGAUGAGUUUGUGACCUUUAAUAUCAAAGGAAGAUGUGAUUUUGACCAGGACUUUGUUCAGGAGCUGCUGAAUUUGACUGGAAUAUAUGGAAGUUUCAAAAAGAUCAGGAUUUACGCCUCAGAGUUGGCUACGAAAUGUUUGAGAAGAUCCCUUAUAUGCAGAUUAGAGAAAACAAUUGGACUUUCAACACGAAUUUGAAAGGAAAAUGGAAUGUGAGGUUUGAUCUGUAAUGAGUAAACAAGUGAGAUCACAUUUUCAUGUGUAUCCUUUUGAGAAACGUAUUACUGAUAGAAAAACUCACUCUGAUUCAACCAACUGACAGCAAAUUCAGAGAUCGUCGCUUAUCAUAUAUCACUUUUACUCUUGCAACCAUCUCUGAACUUGGAUGUCUCCUAGUCUCAUAUAGCUUCCAUGUGUAAUAGAAUCAGUAUCCAACCAGGUUUGACUAAAUGUGUGGUCUUUAAAACCCACUGAUGUUCCUUAGA